AUGAGAGUCGAAGGGAGCAAGAAUAAUGAAGCUAGUACAGUGGGAAAUGAGCAAGGUCAAGAAGAAACUGGAGGAAUGGAUGGGAGAUGCUCACUGAAAAAAUGGAUGUUUGGAAUUUCAAUUGCUAUCUUUACAAUCGUCAUGAUCUUGAUUGGGCUGAAUUUUUUCAUUCCGCAGUGCUACAGCUACCAGAGAAAAUGCAAAACAGAGGACGGAAUUGUCUGGUUCGCAGGCGCUUGGAAAAAGACUCGCGACGAGAGCCGAAAAUACUGCGAAAAAGCAGGAUUUCAGCUUGCAAAUAUUUCGAUUGCUGAAAAACUUUUCGAAGAAAGGAGUACUUUCUUUCCUUCAAGAAGAAUUUUAGACGGCUCAAGAAAUUUUUGGAUAUCAGAUGAUGAAUACAGCAGAAAUUUCACGAAAAUAAAAUCUGGAUAUAUCAGUACGAGUCCAAGCAUGGCGUACGACAAAUCGACAAAAAGAACCGCGGUUGAUCCUGCGGUUCUCCAUGUAGAAGCAGAACAACAGAAGAAAAAGAGAAAAUGGCUCAUUGGAAUUCCCAUUUCGCUGGUUAUCGUUGUGCUCAUUUUGGUCGGCUUGAAUUUUCUCUUUCCUCUUUGCUUCUGCCAACAACGAAAGUGCAAGACAUAUGAUGGAAUGGUCUGGUUCGCUGACAGCGGGCUGAAAACUCGUGAAGAAAGUCGAAAAUUUUGCGAAAAUUUGGGCUUUCAACUGGCAAAUGUUUCCAUCGCCGAAAGCCUUCUCGGUGGGUGGGGACAUCUUUUUGAUUCUCGUCGAAAUUAUUGGAUUUACGAUCGCGAUUACAAGCGAAAUAUUACAAGUGGUUUCAAUAAAAUGAGCUCAAGCAUGGCAUACGACAGUCAUCACGGAUGCAUUACUUUUCUCAGAGCAGACCAGGCACUGGUUUCAUAG